AAUAACAAAUUUUUAUUAAAAAGAAAAAUAAAAAGAGGAAAAAAAAGUGAUCUAUAAAUAUGAAAAGGGAAAAAAAAAAAGGAAGGAAGAUUCUGAGGCGAAGGUAGGCAAGCAAUGGAGGUCUAGAGUUGGCUGACUCUAUCCCUACCUCCCCGAUAAAGCAAUUUCACCGAUUCACUUCAAUUCUCCUUCUUCAAACGCCGUCCUCUCUCCGCUCCUCCGAUUUUCUUUCCGCCCUCCUCUCAUCAGCGUUGGCUCAGUCCGAUUGGCAGCUUUGUGGAUUGACAGAGUUGCAUCAAAGGGCUGCAGCAACAUCAAUUUAAGUUAUCUAUCAAACUUUGUUACCAAAUUGCUUUUCUGCUUACGCUUUGGACUGGCCUGGUAUAUCAAAUUGGUGUUGAAUUUGUGAGUAGAUGCAAAUCAGAAGUGACAUGUAGUGGGACAAACACGGCAGCCUUGUUUUAGAGUUCUAUGCUUUCUUUUUCCUUCAUUGUGUUGCUGAACUUAGAUGGACGUUCCCUCAGUGGAACUAAACUGUGAUAGUGAAGGAGACUCUUACCCUUUAUUAAUGGCACGACCUGAACAUUCUAACAGCAGUGAGCAUAUCAUUGACAUAACUGGUGCUGGUGAUUCUGCCUCCUCUAGUCUGCCACGUGGUAGGAGUUCAAAUGGCUUAAAUUCAUUGCAGCCUGAAGAUAGACCUUCAAGUAAUACACGAGUUCCCUUGUCUCAACCCCCAAUUUCUUCUACUGGAUCAAAUUCUAGAAAUUCCUCAUUCAUAAGAAGAGGAGAUGCACGACGUCGUAGAAGUCCAUUAAAUUCUGGCUUAUGGAUAUCUAUUGAAUUACUACUCACUAUGAGCCAGAUAAUUGCAGCUAUUAUUGUCUUAUCAUUGUCAAAGAAUGAAAAACCCCGUGCCCCUUUGUUUGCAUGGAUUGUGGGAUAUGCAUCUGGAUGUGGUGCCACCCUUCCUCUUCUCUACUGGCGUUAUCGACACCGCAAUCAGGCUUCAGAACAAGAUUCUCUUCAGUCCAGCCAGAAUUCUUCUCGCAUUAAUGUUCCUGCUGGGCCAUUCUCUCUUUCAGUUUCUAGGGCAUCAGAAGGGGAAGAACUUCAGCAUCCUGCCCCAUCUCCUAGAGGCAGUCAAGGGUCAGGAGUACUAUCAGCAAGAUUAAAAGUUCUGGUUGAAUAUUUUAAGAUGGGUCUGGAUUGCUUCUUUGCUGUUUGGUUUGUAGUUGGUAACGUAUGGAUCUUUGGAGGGCAUUCAUCAGCCUCUGAGGCUCCUAACUUGUACAGGCUAUGUAUAGUGUUUCUUACCUUCAGCUGUAUUGGUUAUGCAAUGCCUUUCAUUCUAUGUGUAACCAUCUGCUGUUGUCUUCCUUGUAUAAUUUCCAUCCUUGGGUUUAGAGAGGACUUGACACAGACACGAGGAGCCACAUCGGAAUCUAUUAAUGCAUUACCAACUUAUAAGUUUAAACUGAAGAAAAGUAGAAGUGGGGAUGAUAGAGAGAACAAUUCCGGGACUGGUGAAGGAGGAGGGGUUGUGGCUGCUGGAACUGAAAAGGAGCGAGUGAUUUCUGGAGAAGAUGCUGUCUGUUGCAUCUGCCUGGCAAAAUACGCCAACAAUGAUGAACUGAGAGAGUUGCCAUGUUCACACUUUUUCCACAAGGACUGCGUAGAUAAGUGGUUGAAGAUCAACGCUCUGUGCCCGCUUUGCAAAGCCGAGGUUGGUGAGAGUAUCAUCAGCUCUCUCGAGGGGACAAACAGACAACAGGGUGAUUAGCGAGGGGAGUGGGCCAACUACAUUGGGCGCCAUAAAGAUCUCUGGAUGGGUUCUGCUUGAAUUCCAAAUUUCACCGAUAUAAGUGUAGUAUGUGCAAAGUUCAUCCUCUCUUGAGCCGCUCAACCUUAUUUUUCGGGUUGCUAUGCGGCAUUCGCUAGAGCCUUGAACAAGCUCCUCUUGUAGCAAAUCCAUCCAUCGUCAACAAAUAUAGGCAGGGUUAUAUGGUGCACGCUGGACAUUAUGAACGAGGAGAGAUCGUUAUCCUUCUGACCUUUUCGAUAGAAGUGAAAGUUGCUGAUGUUGCAAGGCUUAUACUUGUGUAAUCACACUCCUUGCUCUUGUAUUGAACUCUUCAAUUUUGUGGUAUAAUGGCUAUGAUAUAACGAAUAAUCAUCAGUAGAGCAUACUAUGCAAUUUUAGUAUAAAAUAUAUACAUAUGUUUGUAAGUUCA